AUGGCUGGAAUACUCCAGGUUUUUCUUCUGUUUCUUUUCUACAACACCUCUGCCGUUGGACUCAAUGUUCAACUUACGUCUUCUGAAGAUGAAGCACCCAUGCCAAAGACCUACAACAUGCAUACCUUGGAAUUGGAUAAGCCAUACGGGGGAGUAUACAAAGGUUCAUAUAAUUUAAGAGGACAUUUUGAUGAGCCAGACUUCGAAAACUUUCAUGUUGCAUCUAAAAGACCUUUUGGAGGAAUUUAUGGAAAACCCUACAAAUUUAGAAAGCGUGAGUUCCCACCACUGGAGGGUCAUUACGAAAUGAAACGUCCAUUUGGAAAAAUUUAUGGAAACUUUAUGAAAGAAAAGUUUGUGUCUGGUGACCAUGCUGAAUUCAAACGCCCAUUUGGGUCAGUAUAUGGGAACGCCUUUAAAACUGGCAAACGUCCCUUUGGUUCAAUAUAUGGACAGUCAGAUAAUAUGGGUAAACUCCCCUUCGCCUCAAUAUAUGGACAAACCCAUGAUAUGGGCAAACGACCUUUUGGCUCAGUCUAUGGACAGUCCUUUAGUAUGGGUAAGCGUCCCUUUGGUGGAGUGUAUAGAAAUUCCCAGAAAAUAGGCAAACGAUAUACAUCCCCACUUGUUCAUGAUGAAGUAAAGCGUCCAUUUGGUAAAGUUUAUGGAAAAUUGUACAAAAUUGGCAAAAGACCGUUUGGUCAAAUAUACGGAAAGAAUUAUGGAAAAAGAUCCCUAAAUAAAUAUAACCAGGUACCUGAAAUGCUCAUGCCUUUUGCUGAUGGCACGUCAUUCCAUCCAGAUUCUGAAGACAGAAGAGGACAAAAAGCGUAUGCAAGUAGACCUUUCGGAAGAAUUCCCAACAGCGAUACAAUUCUCGGAAGACAUCACGGUGAGAAGAAUGAAUUUUUCACAGAAAAGCGUCCUUUUGGACAAAUAUACAGCAAAUCAAGGCCAUUUGGAAAACGGUCUUUCCAUGGUACUAAUGACUAUCCAAAUGAUAUACUAAUGCUGUCAAAGAGACCUUUUGGCCGAGUAUACGGAAAAUCUUACAAGCUUUGGAAAAGACCAUUGAAAAAACAUGACUUUCGAAAACGAUCUUCAUACAGACCUGUCGUUGCUGUUGUGGAUGAACAUGAGCGUCCCUUAAUUCUGAAAGUAGCAAAUGACCAGGACGAGGACUAUCCUCUCUUCGUUGAAAAUAAUGUUAGUGAAGAUCUAGACCCGAAAAACCUUGGGCAAAUAACGACAAAUGAUGCUUCAGAUGGAUACAAAACAUAUAUUUUAGAUUCUUCUAGUUUGUUCCCUGUGUUCGUAAACAUCGAGGAUGAAGAAAAUCAUGACAGGCUUCAUAAAAACGAUGAGGAAGAGUCGGAAGAGAACGCGUCAGGUGAGGGCGGAGAUUUUGAUAUAAAUGAUCAUGAUGGAAACGAGAGGAGCGACUAUGAUGAAAGUCUGGCUGCAGUCGUGCCUCGGUUAUUCUGAACAUUCCUAAACAAUUGAUAUGAGGAGAACAUUAGAAUAUAUACUUUGGAACAAAUUAAAUCUGGUGAUAUAUAUUGUAUUUACUUUUUCCAUGGAGAAAUUUACCUAUCAACAUUUUAAGUUCAUAUAAUUUUGAAUUUCCGUUUGUUUCAAUGUUCACCAUAGUAAGCUGGUAAUAAAGAUUUUACACUUUAAA